UUCCAAAAUUGCACAUAAAUCACGGACAUUGUGGUUUAUUGCUCAUUAUGGCUAAAAAAGCGAAAUGUUGUAGUGAAAGAAUACACAUCUCUGUUUACAGUGUUUUCACAGCUCACCAUACCGCAAGGUCUUACGUUUUAACAAAAAUCUUGUCCUUCCAAAACUGAACCUUCUCAUUAAGCUUCAGGCUUCACCCUCUCUCUGUCUCUUUUACACACACACAUACACACAUGUAUCUCCUCCAGCCUCCCACCAGCCUGUGGCAUCUCUUUCCGUUUCCUCCUCACAUGUCACAUACACAGGAAACAGCAUGUACAAGAGGGACCUGUUAAUGGUGUUAUUCAGCAUGACGGGUGUUAGUGUCUGUCACUGUAAACAGGAGCAGGAGGGCAGACCAAGCACAUGGAAACCAUAUCACAUUGUCACAUUAAAAGAAUAAAUACCAAGCCCUAUGUGGGUCAUAAAAAGCUGUAUCUGACCUGCAGACCAUGUUUAAGUCCUGAGAGGGCACAUACUGUUUUUUGUAGCUGAUGCACCUGUGGAUUUUCCAUGUAGAGAGUUGUUGUCAGAGAGCUACAUGUGGAUAAAUAUUUGAACCACAUUAUUUGUGUUGUUGAAAGUUAGAACUUUGCAGAACCUGCACCUUUGAGUAGCUUGCGAUGCUUGUCUGCUGCACCUCUAACAAACACAGGACUUUAAUAAUCAUCAAUGAUCAACUUUAAUCUACAGUUUUGAUAGUAAUACUUAUGCAAAACAGUGAGACACACACUGGUGUUUGUUUCCCUAAGAGUUGAGAGUAUGAAUGGAUUUUAGUCAGCGACAUGUGCCGUCAUGAGACAUAAUCACAUGAUGGUUUCUCAGUGCUGUUUGUCUCAUUCAGAGGAAUGAAGAACAAGCUUAUGAAGAGACCGUUUAUCUCUCAGAGUCAAGACACUCAUCAUUUAGUUAUUCAUCUAAGCCCAAACAAAACUGAGAUACUGUUCAUAAGACCGGCCAAUUUCAACCAAACAUCACUCCCACUGUCUCCCACUGAAAGAAACUGAAAGAUAUAAUAACAGUGACAACUUUCCCCCCUUUCUUUCUGUGUGUAUUUGCAAAUGUAUGUGUAUUUUUAGUCUCUGUAAAGGGAUUGUCCGGUGUGGAAAUAAACAAAUAUGUACCAGGCUACUUGAGGGUGUUUUUGUGCUGUUGGACACUCUUUUCCUGUCACAAAUGUGGCUGCUAAAAUCUUUGUCUCUGUCUGUUGUCACAGGGGGGACUGGCAGGUUGGCAGAGCACAGACAGGGUUAACCUUGAAUGACAACUAGCAGGCAUACAGACACAGGAUGGACAGACAUCCUGUUCACACACACACUCACAUGAACACUGAUAUUUGUGUAAGUACAGAGCUGCAGGAAGCACAGAGCACAGGAUGAACUGCAGUGUCUUUGGCCCAAAACAAAGACUGUCUCCAUGUGUUAGGAUUCUGGGAGCUGAAUCCAUGACUGAGUAUUUUUAAUGAAGAAUGAUUGACCUUAAAAUUGACCCAUUAGUGAAACUCCAGAUUGGCGUUCUGAUGGAUUUCUUUUUGACUCUUAAAUGAAAUGACCGCUGUAUCGUCCUCGUCCUGUGGUGUGGUGGAUAACCCUACUGCCUCUAAAUCUAAUGGUUCUGAGUUUGAGUGUGGUGCAAUAAUUUCCUCAACCUGCAUCACUGAUGAAAAAGGUCAAAUUAAAGUGGUGUAAAAGGAAAAAAAACUGGAAGACAAGUCUGUGGUGUGGCGGUUAGAGCUCCUGCCUUUAAGCCAAAUAGUCAUGGGUUCAAAUCUACCUGGUGCAGACACUUUCUAUAGAAUGAACCCAGCAUCUAAAAUUCUUAACAUAAAACGUUAAAAUGAAAAGAGGUUAAAAGCAGUUACAGGCAGGCAAGGGUGUGGUGGUUAGAGCUCUUUCUAUCGAAGAGAUGGUUAUGGGUUCAAAUCCAGUGCAGUGACAGUGCAGAGUUAUGGAAAGCAGAGGUGGGGAGUUGUGGAGGGGAGGAACAAAAAGAGAAAGUAACAGAAUAAAGGAAGAGGGUGAAAAGGAAAAAAACAAGAUCCGCCUGAGAGGGUAGAACAGCAGAGCUUUGAAACACCUAACAAUGAGUUAAAAACAGACUAAUUAUUACAUAACAGUUAUAACAGUAAUUAUUUUCUCACACUUUACUAAUAUUAUAUGAUCUUACAGAUUUUCACAUUAUCAUUGCUGUAAUUUGGAAUAAAUGUGAUUCAUCAGUUUGUUUCCUGAUGCAGCAGGUCACAUGACUAAUUGGACCUAAGAGGUGCCGUGUUUUUCUCUUGUAAUGAUCCCUCUGUGUGUGGAAACCUCUAGUUCUGCAGUGUUUGUCUGUGCAGUCUGGUCUUCCUCGCUUUAAUCUAAAAACAGCUGUGACUUUGCCUUUUUCUCAUUCUUCUCUGUGUGAGCAGGAGAGAAAUAGACAUGAAAGUAAUAGACUCAUGAAUGAUAGCUGCUAUUUUUAGCUGCACAGAAUCCCUCACAUCCAGACAGUCACUCGGAUGAAGAGAAACUCCCUUUAUGGAAAAUACAAUCCUCGAUUCAGCUGGAAGGACACCCAGGGCAGACACGCACUGCUCACAGUUUAGCCGAGGGUUUCUGCAGCCAAAGACCACAUCUGAGGAAAGAAGAGCAGAAAGACAGUUCACACUGAGGACAACUAGUAGAUCAAAGAGUUGAACUCAGUUUCGUAUCAAGGUUAAAAAUCCUCAUUUAGAGUUAAGCUACAAAUCUAAGCAUCUAAAAGUUUCCUGCUAUUCAACUGUUUGUUACAGAGGUUUAAAGUCUCCAAGGCAGGAGCUCGUUUUCUUUUGUUUUCUGAUCAUAAUUACAUCAGGAGUGGUACUGUCAAACUGAAGAUGCUGGCAACAAGGACUAUCCUCAAGGUCCAGUCUCAGGUUUGGGAUCCUUAGGCCAGCAGACUUAAAUUUGUGACAUGGCUCUGUUAACUGUGUUUAAAACAACAUCCGCAAAUGUGCAGUAUGCACUGGUGGUGCUAGUGGCCAAGGAGUUCAUCCUAAACUGAAACUUUAAAGAAAAAAUGUACAUAUAACCUUUUAGUUGUGGUCAGUGUUUACUCUCUCUCACUCACAUAUGCAUACGCAUGCACACAAAUAUAUAUUUAUAGACUGUUAACACACUCAAACUGAUGACUUCUGAUUCCCUGAGUCCAAUCUGUCACAAGUUUAAGUCCCCCAAUUACACUGUUUUGAUUUGUCAAAGUUCACAAAGAGAUUACAUUUAAGAUUUCAACUGGAGAUUUGCAUGACAUGAUCAGCAUAAGGCCCAACAGAAACAUCCUACCCUGCUUUUGAUGGUAUUUUUGUUGUCAUUAAAGGACACUUCAUUGUCAGACAAGGCUUUUAUUUUGAAGUUUUUGAAGUUAACCACUUCUGGUAGAUGGUAAAUUACAGAAUGGAGUAAAAAACAGUUUAAAGGACAAGUAACCAGAAGUUGCUUCAGCUAGCCAUCUUGCAGUCUGUUACUUCUUCUUUGUUUAUUUUCUGUUUUAUGACACGUAGUAACCAGUGUAAAGGAUCACUGCUAUGAGGUCACAGAGUUAUCAUAGGCUUAGUUUUUUCAUUUCAAUAUUUUACUUCAUUUAAACAGACAGUGACAGCCCGACUUUGUAGCAUGGCAACAUUGGAGUAGGCUUCUUGAGUGCUGGGCUACAGAGUGCUGGGUGACUGAGGGGUAUUUAGAAACAGUUGCUGCAAUGACAGGCUGGCUGAAAUCUGAAAUCAUCAAAUCUCAUUAUCUAGUCCUUCAUCUUUGAAUCACUGAAACAAGUGCCUUCUCCUUUUUUUCUCCUUCAAUCACAGCGGAGCCGCUGGUCAGGCAGGUGAAGAGGACUCGAAUCAAGAGGGAAGACUUCCAUAUCCUGAAGGUGAUCGGCCGCGGCACAUUCAGUGAGGUGAGAUGGUCUGCGCCGGAAACCACAGCUGAUCAGUGCACUGCCAGCAGUACGGGCAUGUCUAACAUUCAAGAAAAGUUCAAAAUCAAAGUGCCUUUUGGAGGCAACACAGAUUGCAAGAAUUUAUUGAGGUUGGGCGUACACCUGCUUUAUAUUUGGUCUUGAUCUAAAUUGUGUGCUUGAGUUGGUCCCAACUACAGAGGUUGACUGUCUGGCUAUGGUUCCAGUUCUCCAGAUGCUUUCCUAACAAAAAGGGUGGGCCUCUAAUAAUUUACUGUUGACAAUAAAAUAUACUAAAAAAAACUCCAAAUAACCCUUUACCAAGAGCAAAAAAAGUCUCUUUGUUUUGAUUAAGGUGAGAUAAGAGUUAAAAAUAAUGGGCUGAUGGACGUCUCAAGUAUUUGCUCUACACUAGCGUUCCUGUUUGCAACAACUUCAACCUCUAAAGAAAUGCAUUACAAAUUUUGCUUUAAAAUAAAUAAAUAAAUAAAUAAAAAAAUGGAAAGCAAAACUUGGUGUACAGUUUGAUGUUUUUUUAUUUUUGAUUUUAUUUCCUUCUACCCUUUAUUAUAUUAUUAUUUAUUUAAUUUGCUGAUGCACUGUAUGUUUUAUGUUGUAAUUAUGUUUUUGGUGUGUGCUUGUGUUAAUUGUUUUUAAUUAGCUUCGUUUGUCUGUUUUUGUGAUUAUCACUGUUCUGUCUAUUGGUGGUUUAUGUCAUGUUGUUUUAUUUUUUUUAAAAUAAAAAAAACUAUUUGUUUGUAAAAAAAAAAAAAAAAAAAAAAAAAUUACAUUGCCCAUAUUAUAUAAUUAUUUAUUCACCAUUCUGACCUUUAUUGACCUCUAAAUCUACAAGAUUCUGAUGUCCUGAGUAAAGGAGCAGUUUGUGUUUCUAAAUGCUGCUCUCAGGUGCUUUAUCUGUCCUGUCUGUGCUGCAGGUUGCUGUGGCCAGGAUGAGGAGUACUCAACAAGUGUAUGCGCUAAAGAUCAUGAAUAAGUGGGACAUGCUGAGGCGAGGAGAGGUGAACACUGAAACAUACUAUACUCACAUUCACAGGACAAACAUUAAAGCCAGGUCUCAGCAGGUUUAAUGUGGGCAGAAAAGUUAGAGACCAAAUAAUGCACUGAGUUCCAUGAUGGGUGUUGAUAUGUGGUAUCAGCCUCUCAGUCACUGUGUGUAUUUCUGUGAGUCCUACAGACGGCAUGUUACCAGGAGGAGAGGGAGGUUCUGCUGAGGGGCGACAGACGCUGGAUCACAGAGCUGCAUUAUGCCUUUCAGGAUGACAACUGUCUGGUACACAUCAGCACGGUCAAUCAGUAGUGCAAAGGAAAUAUUUUUAACACAGUACAGUGUCUAAUGUGUGCACCUGUCUACCCCUGCGUUCCCUCAGUACCUGGUGAUGGACUACUAUGUAGGAGGGGACCUUCUGACUCUGCUUAGUAAGUUUGGAGACAGGAUCCCUGAGGACAUGGCUCAGUUCUAUCUAGCUGAGAUGGUCAUGGCCAUCGACUCUGUCCACAGAUUGGGCUAUGUACAUAGGUCUGUAUUUCUUUCUAUACUUGCUGUUUCUGUCAUUUCAGUGUCAUUUUAUGUUACUUUUAUGUUAUUUCUUGUAAUUUUCUGUGAGUUAUUGUGCCAAUUCAUGUAAAUUAAAUGCAAAGAUAGAUCACAAAACCCUUCAGUGUGUGGGAUUGACUCUUGAAGCAGCACAUUAAUACACCACAGCAUGUAAUGGAAACAGGCACAUAAUGAAGUCAUUGGUGGGUUCAUCUCAAUGAAUUAGAAUAUUGUAAAAAUUCAAAUAGGUAAACUUUCAAAACCUCAACACAGUUUACAUAUAGAGGAGAGUGGGGUAAGAUGAGCAAUUUUUUGUAUUUUGGAUCACUAUAUCAAAGCAAUCAUAGUUUUGUCUCUAACUAGUGUAUCUGCAUAUAUUUCAAGAUGUUGUGCAUCCCUGCAAACCAACAGAAUGAGUGACAGCAGCAUUCAGUCAGUCUGGUCAUUUUGGUGCUGUGGGCAGGUGCCAAGUCCUGCUGGAGAGGAAAUCAGCAUCUGCAUUGGAUAGUAGUAGUUAGUUAAAUGGAAGAAAACAUGUUCUGAAAAUCUCCUUGAAGAUGGCUUUGUUGACUCUAAAUUUGAUAAAAUGGUAGACCAGCUUCUAAUUUGUUAAUUUCUAUGUUUGUGAAACACUUUGCGGUUUGAAAGUGUCUGGCCCACCCAAAUAUAAAAUGGGAUGAAAACAUGCUGUGACUUUUUGUGUCCAGUAAAUGAAUCUUACUUUCAGAAACAGGUAAUAUGUUUUUCUGCUUUUCUUUCACAGAGACAUCAAACCUGACAACAUCCUGCUGACAGCUGAGGGACACAUCAGACUGGGAGACUUUGGCUCCUGUCUCAGGCUCCUUGAGGACGGGAUGGUGAGAGGCACUCUGUGGUCCAGCAUUGUUUCGGGCCACUCUCAUGCAAGAACAACUGCUGGGAAUGCUGCUCAUGAAGUGCUUUUACUCUUUCUAAAAAUAACCCACCAGCCGCCUCAUUUCAUUGCAGGUUCACUCCUCUCUCGCAGUGGGGACCCCAGACUACUUGUCUCCAGAGAUUUUAAAGGCAGUGGAGGAGGGUGGAGGUUAUGGUACUGAAUGUGACUGGUGGGCUCUGGGCAUCUGUGCCUAUGAGAUGCUGCUGGGGACCACGCCUUUCUACGCAGAGUCCAUCUCGGAAACAUACGCCAAGAUUAUUCACUUUCAGGUAAUGGGCCACAUUAAUUGUUCAUUUUGGCUUUUAAUACUGAUUUAUGUGACAGAUAGGUGUUGGUACCUGCAGGGCAUUUCUGCCUGACGCACCUCCGACGGUGCCUAGACUCCAACUGCAGGGUUGCGGCUGAGAGCCAUCCUGGCCUCGCCCCUCUCCAGGUAGUGACCCUAGACUCUGCAUGGCAGGGGCGUCCUCCUCCCUGAGCCAGGCUUGCACCUGACCGCAUACCUGAUGGUUGGGAAGCGAAGGUUGAAACCUCAUGGGCCGCUUCCAUCGGGCCCACUUCAGCCAGUACAGAAGUACCAGCUGCAGGGUCAUCAGCUAGGAGCCAUCCUUCACUGAUGUUUCGCCCCUUUGAUCACCAGAACAUCUCAGGAUGGUGGGGCAGCGGUCAGGGACGUCUCCCCGCCACUCCCUGCAGCUGGACUUCGGCACUCAGGCUUACUGUGUGGCAUCUCGAUUCCCCCAACUCCUGUCUUUUCUUCUCAGCCAGAGCCAGAAACUUCCCUUUUCUGCUUCCUCUGAGAGAUCCUGUAGGACCUUCCUGGCCUUUGCUGCUGUGAAGCCGAUGUCCCUCAGGAAGCGGUUUGUUGAGAGGCCAGCAUAGCCGCGGCAGCCAACUUCAACUGGAUAGGUUGAUGCUCUCCAGCCUUUCUCUUCACAUUCUGCCACCAACUCUGCAUAACGGGCCAUUUUCCUCUCAUACGCUUCCUGGAUGUUCUGCUCCCAAGGGACCGUCAACUCGACUAACAGGACUCGCUUCUCAGUUGAGGACCACAGGACGAUGUCGGGUCUCAGUGUGGUGGUGGUGAUGUCGAAUGGGAAGCGUAGCUGCUUGUCAAGGUCAGCUCUCAUUGACCAGUCUUUGCCUGGAGUCAGGACCGCUGCUCUGUCUGCUUUAGGGCAGUUUUUCUUGGCUUGUCCCGCUGUUACAAACUGGACCAGCUGCCUCUGUUGGGAUGUUGUCUUCUCAUUGGCCAGGACUCUCAUGUUCUCUGUGUGCUCCGCCAACUUUCUUAGCACCUGGUCAUGACGCCACGUGUAUCGGCCCUGGGCCAAGGCUGUUGGACAGCCGCACAAGAUGUGGCGAAGAUUUCCCUUGCCUGUUUCGCAGAGGCUACAGUUGUCCUCAGAUCCAUACCACUGUGCCAGGUUCGCUGGGCUAGGAAGAGUGUCGUAUGUGGCUCUGAUUAGAAAGCUCAGUCUUGCCUGAGGCAUCUUCCACAGGUCGUUCCAUUUUACUGACCUUGGUAGGAAGCCCUCCCACUUUGUCCACUGACCUUGCUGGCAUUGGCCAAUAGACUUGGCAAAGAACCUGUCUUCCUCCAUCCUUGUCACCUCUGUGACCACUAGCUGUUUCCUUUCUUUCAAGGAUGCCUUUGACCACAUCUUUUGUGGCUCUCCCCAGCCCAGGCCACGCCUUCCUUGCUGUGUUCUUCCGACAAGCUCUUGAUGUUUCAAUCUGGAGAUUGCAUCGUCCACACACUCCUCUGCCUUCCAUGCUCGGCCUGUCCGGAUCUUAGCCCCAGCAUUUCUGACCAGAUGGUCACUUGACUGUCGGAGUUCCAGCACCAGCCUUGACUUCUCCAGCCUAUAACCAGUUGAGAUGUUCUUCACUGGUAGCUGCAGUGCAUUUCUUCCAAACAGCGCUGCAUCGGAGAGGCAUCUUGGGAGCCCAAGCCAUUUUUUGAUGUAGUUGUUGGCCUUGGCAUCCAGCUUCAUGACUGUUGUUGCCGUUAUCUCACACAUCUUUAGGGGCCACAUCACCCGCUGGUAUAGUGUGAAUUGAUAACACCAGACUUUGAACUUGCCAGGAAGGUAGCUCUGGUCAAUCCUUUUUAACCCCUCUUUCAGUUGGUCUGUGAAUGCAGCUGCCAUGUGCUUGUCUGAGAGAUCCGCUGUAUAUUCUCUGCCAAGGCUUCUGAGUGGUUGUUCUGCAAGUACGGGAAUUCUCUCUCCUGCCACUAGAAAAGAGACUGAGUCCAUUUGUCUACCCUUGCGGAUUGAGAGGCUGCGAGACUUCUUGGAUUUUAUCCUUAUCCUGGCCCAAGACAGCAACUCUUCAAACCUUUUGAGGAGCCGUGCUGUACACACAGCGGUCUGCAGUAGGCUUGUAACAUCAUCCAUGAAGCAGCGAAGUGGUGGCAAUCGUAGGCCUGCGCUAUUGCGCACUCCUCUGACCAUGGUCCUCGCUCCGAUCAGGAUGACCUCAAAAGCGGCUGUGAAGAGGAUGGGUGAGAUUGAGCACCCCAUCGCUAUUCCUCUUCCCAGUUGCUGCCAGUCAGUUGUAUAGCUCUGCAGGGAAUGGCAGAUCUUCACGUCCGCAUAAUAGCUCUCGAUGAUGUUCUUGACCCCUACAGGCACAUGAAAAAAGUCCAAGGCAAAACUAAUCAGCUUAUGUGGGACAGAACCAUAAGCGUUUUCCAAGUCCAACCAUACGACAUGGAGGUCCUUCUUUUCUCUCUUGGCAAACUGGAUCUGGUCCCAGAUUAUCGUUGCGUGUUCUGAGCAACCUGAGAACCCUGGGACACCAGCUUUCUGGCAGCUUGUGUCGAUGUAGUUGUUCUGUAGCAGGAACUUGGUCAUUCUUUUGGCAAUGACAGUAAAGAAAAUCUUUCCUUCUACGUUGAAUAGAGCAAUGCUUCGGAAUUGGCCGAUGGUGGAAGAAACCUGAUCUUUUGGAAUCAGGAUGGCCACAGCUCUACGCCACUCAGCGGGGACGCUCUGUUGUUUCCAAAUCAGCCUCAUCAAUUUCCAUAGCUCUUCCAGGACUUGAGGGCAUCUUUUGUAGAGCUUGUAUGGAAUUCCAUUUGGUCCGGGGGCGGAGCUCGACCUUGCUCUUCUUACUGCAUCUCUCACUUCACUCAGCUUGGGUGGUACUAGCUCAAACUCUGUGGUUGGAGCAGUUUGUUGGGGAACAUGGCCAGGGGAUCCAAGAGGGAGAUGCCGUCCUGCAUCGGACAUCUGCCUCUUUAGGUGCUCCUCGAGGUCUUCCUUUGCCAUGACCAGGGUACCACUCCUUUUCUCCUCCAGCAGGCUUCUGGCCAUUUUAAAGGGGUCCUUUAGGAAUCUUGCGCGCUGACUCUCUUUCCUCUUCCUCCUCUUUCGAAUGCGCUCGGCCCUCCUGAGUGAUGAUAGGUGGCAUUUCACUUCAUCCCAUAACGCCUGGAGGCCUUCCUUCUCAUUUGCCUCAGCCUUUCUCCAAGCCUUGCGUAGUGCUCUUCGUUCUUUCACGAGCUGGAGGAUUUCCUUUUCUCUUCUACUCAUGGCUUUGGGCAGGUGUUCCUUUUUCUUCUCCUUUUGGCCAAACCUGCCAAGGCAUUCAUCGUAGAUUAUCUCACUGAAGAUGUUCACUUUGUUUUCCACUUUGCCUUUGAGGACGUUCUUAAGAGUGGUUGCCAGGUCAUCGUCCAACUUGCUCCAGAUGUCAGAGUCUUUUGCCUUUGGCCACAAGAUGUUGUUUUUUCUGCCAGGUUCUUUCUCCUUCCUUCUGUCCUCGGUUGUUGGGAUCAUUUCUUCCGGUUGAGGGUUCACCAGUGGGUUUGUGUCAGGGGGUUCUGAUGGCACUUGACCAUCUGCAACAGUGGGCUCGUUAGCGCUGUGGUGCUCAACCUGGCUUUGUUCCCUUCUUGUCUCAUCUGCCUGGGCAGUGCAAGGUUGCACUCGGUCAUCCCUGCGACACUUUUUGAUCCCUUGGUGAAUUCUCAAUCCCUUGAAGGUUGUUUCCUUCAUCCAUCCACACGUGCACGUCCUGAGAAUCUUUUCCUUUGUCGUGUCCGUUCCGUUCGUUGCCGUUGCGUCUGUCCGUACUGGUCCUUCUUUCAUCCCACCUCUCGGAGGACCACUGGGUUGUCUUUUCUUUUCUUUGCUUGUAGUUUGCUUGAGUUGGCCUAGGUUGGCCUGUGGGAAGGGUAACUAGCCCGUCCACCCCAAUUGCAGUCUUCCCCGCUGCCAGUCAGACUUUCCUGACAGUCCUCCAGUCUUCCCUGGACUCCAACUGAUCUAUUCUCAGUAGUCACUGGUUUCCCAGAAAGCAGAUUUAUGUGACAGAUAGGUGUUGGUACCUGCAGGGCAUUUCUGCCUGACGCACCUCCGACGGUGCCUAGACUCCAACUGCAGGGUUGCGGCUGAGAGCCAUCCUGGCCUCGCCCCUCUCCAGGUAGUGACCCUAGACUCUGCAUGGCAGGGGCGUCCUCCUCCCUGAGCCAGGCUUGCACCUGACCGCAUACCUGAUGGUUGGGAAGCGAAGGUUGAAACCUCAUGGGCCGCUUCCAUCGGGCCCACUUCAGUCAGUACAGAAGUACCAGCUGCAGGGUCAUCAGCUAGGAGCCAUCCUUCACUGAUGUUUCGCCCCUUUGAUCACCAGAACAUCUCAGGAUGGUGGGGCAGCGGUCAGGGACGUCUCCCCGCCACUCCCUGCAGCUGGACUUCGGCACUCAGGCUUACUGUGUGGCAUCUCGAUUCCCCCAACUCCUGUCUUUUCUUCUCAGCCAGAGCCAGAAACUUCCCUUUUCUGCUUCCUCUGAGAGAUCCUGUAGGACCUUCCUGGCCUUUGCUGCUGUGAAGCCGAUGUCCCUCAGGAAGCGGUUUGUUGAGAGGCCAGCAUAGCCGCGGCAGCCAACUUCAACUGGAUAGGUUGAUGCUCUCCAGCCUUUCUCUUCACAUUCUGCCACCAACUCUGCAUAACGGGCCAUUUUCCUCUCAUACGCUUCCUGGAUGUUCUGCUCCCAAGGGACCGUCAACUCGACUAACAGGACUCGCUUCUCAGUUGAGGACCACAGGACGAUGUCGGGUCUCAGUGUGGUGGUGGUGAUGUCGAAUGGGAAGCGUAGCUGCUUGUCAAGGUCAGCUCUCAUUGACCAGUCUUUGCCUGGAGUCAGGACCGCUGCUCUGUCUGCUUUAGGGCAGUUUUUCUUGGCUUGUCCCGCUGUUACAAACUGGACCAGCUGCCUCUGUUGGGAUGUUGUACUAAUCCCACUAAAAAAACUCAGCUCUAGCUCAAGUGAUGCUGAAAGGUACACUGAAGACACAAAAAUACAAAGAUAUACAAUUUAAUAAGACUUCUAUUGUUUUUAAAUGUUCAGUCUUAUUCAUUAGGGGAAAAAAACACUGUUAUAAUAUACUGUAGAUAACUAACAUAAUUAAUUUUGUGUCUAUUUUUAUGCUCAGGAGCAUUUUGAAUUCCCAGCGUCUGGCCUUCAGAUUUCAGACAGAGCUCACUCCUUCAUCUCCGGGCUCAUCUGUGAUAAGGAGGUCCGUCUGGGGAGGAAAGGCUUCAGCGACUUUAGGAGCCAUCCUCUCUUCUCUGGACUGGACUGGGGCUCCCUCCACAAACUCCCAGCACCUUUUAUACCUGAUGUUUCGAAUCCAACCGACACCUCCAACUUCGACAUCCUGGAUGACUGUCUCACCGAAAUGGUAAAACAUAUUUUUAAAUACUUCUUCUCCAUGCAGUUCACUUAUGUUGGCCUCAGGCUCCAGGAUUCAGAAAACCUACUUUUUUCUUGUUCACACGAUGAGAAACUGGAAAUGCUUCCAGGUUUUUGUUGGAGAAUGUACAAAAGGUCAAUUUUAUUUACUGUUGAAAAUGAAGAAUUGAUAAAUAAUAUUUUUCCUUCUUACCAAUUCAGUCAGGACCGCUUUCAUAAAAGAUAUUCAAUCAUUACAAGAACUUAGUUGUAUUUGGCUCUAGCAUCCUGCCCUGAGCUGUCAGCUAAUAUGGUGGGCUGGGCUUGACUUCCUGGUCCGUCUGAACUAACACUAAACUCAAUUUCGACAGAGUAAAGUGUACACCUCUUGGAUGUAACUAACAGCUGCAUAUUGUUUUUCUCUUCAGGAGACACUGUCUGACGUCAUGGAUAGAGCUCCAGUUGGAGUACACAUGGCUUUCGUCGGAUACUCCUACACCGCCACCAGGUGAACUCUAAAUCACCAUUAAUGUGACUGAGACUGGGGUCUGGAGUCUCUCCAAGUGUCCUUGAAUGAAUCUCCUCUUAUAGUCAGACAGGUGCUGUUGACCGCAGUCAGGACAUCAUGAUGCAGAUUGACCACACCAGGCUGAGGGACUUUGAGAGUCUCUACAUGCCAAAGAAUCUGGUGAGAUAGCAUCACCUAUAUGCAGAAACUGAAGAGUGAUGAGAAAAUAGCUCUACCAAGUGGGGGCCUGCAGGUAGAUGUUAGAAAGUAGUUAAGGUGGAUGUUUGAGUGCAGCACUGAGGCAGGGGAGCAGAAGGAAGAGGCCAGAAAUCUAUCAGCUAAGACAGACCACAAAGUGGGAGGAUAAAUUUGUUGUGUAUUUUCUGUUGUUGUUGAUUACUUAAAUCCCCCAAAAAGUUUUGAUGUUUUAUAAAAUGUAAAAAAAAAAAAACAGAUUUUAAUGAUUUGCAAAUCAUCUACACCCUAUAUUUAACUGAAAAUAGUGCAAAACGUCAAUAAAAAAAAAAAAAACAAAUGCGGUCAUUUUAUAAUUGAUGCCAACAAAAUUUUUCAAAACAAAUAAGAUAGAGAAACAAAACACUGUACAGUUUGGAGCAACAUCUCUCCACUAAUUCCCAACAGGUUAGAAACAUGACAGAGUUAAAAAAGACACUCCAGAGAGGCUGGGUAUAUAAAAGUACGGUAACACUUUACAAUAACCAUAACUUAUAAAUGGUAAUAAAUUGUAAAUUUUACAAUUUUAAAAACUAACCCUAACCCUAACUUUACAAUAACCAUCUAAGUAAUGUUUAUAGGUGGUUUAUAAACCACUUAUUAAUCAUUAACAAAGUAUUACAAACAUCAGUUGCAACUUUACAAUAACCAUCUAAGUGAUGUUUAUAGAUGGCUUAAAAAACACAUAUUAACUAUUUACAAAGUGCUACUGACACACAUUUUAAUCUAAAUUCUAUCUCGAUUAAUCUAUAUUUUUUACAACCGAUAUUUAAACCCUGCAUAAACCUUUAAUAAACAGUACAUUAAUAAUUAAUGAAAAUGAUUAAUCAUAAUCUCAUUGCUUGUUAAUGGUAGUGUAGUGGACUGUAGUGGAUUUCACUGCAUGGGCUCCAAAUGCUGUUCAAAAAAUCAAUUUAAUGCUUUAGUCCAAUUGAAGCUGGACUUUUAGAACAUGCAAACACAUGUAAACCAAACUAAAUUGCACUAAAUGUAGCUCCACAAACAUACCUGGAUAAUGCAGCACAAGAUUGAUUUUCUCUGUCAUGUAUAUGUCUGUAUAUUCAUCAGUACACGCACAUCCUGUUAGCCUCUUGUUAAUAGCUUUUGAAGAUCCCAGAGUAAAGAGCUAAAAAGGGGCUUGCCACUACUCACCAUAGCAGAGGUGACAUGCACUAGUUUAAAAAAAAAACGGUUAUCUGAAAAAUAAAAAUUUGACAUUUUUUGUUAAUAUCAUUGACGUUGUGUCUGUAAGCGUACAACUCAAAAGCUAGCAUCCCUGAAGGUAUGAGGAUAAGUGCCUGUGGCGUAGAAAGCUUUUACAUCUUUGAGACAUUAAUACUGCUGCAACAUUCCCCCUCAUCCAGACACUGCCUUUUUUAGGGUAGACCUUGAACUAUUCAGCGAGACCUUGCCAAACCACAUUCUGCACAUAUUACUACAAUGCUUCAUAGUGAGAAGUCUGACCUGCCUGAAAUCCAUUGAGAUUUUUUAGUGAAUCAUGAAUGAAAAAUACAACAAAAGGAGACGCUGAACUGCUGAGCAGCAGAAAUUCUUUACAAGGGAAAACAUUUUACUUUCUAAACUCUCAAACCAUCACAGCCUGUUUAAUGAUGUUUUACACAGUAUCCAAACUUCUUUUUUUUUAAAUCAGGGUUAAACAGUGUCUCAGUGUCUUUUGUUCAUUAUUUCAUUGGGGUUGAACUCAGGGCCAGCUGUGGCAGCUCACAGAAACUCUACCAGAGGAGCUACCUGAGCUGCUGGAGCUCCCUCUCACUCUGGAUCCUGGUCCUGCUGCAUCCACUAACACCUGUACCACAGAGGAAGGGCAGACCGAUCACAUAUCAGGACUUAAUGAGGACUUGCAGAGGUAUUUACUGGUUAAUGUGACUGUUAUUAAUAUGUGUUGGCAGGUAAUAGCUUACAGAUAUUAGAAGUCUGUCCUCUGUUGGUCUUUAUCAUUUCAGACGGUUAGAGGACGCAGAGAAGAGAUGUUGUGAGCUGGAGAAAGAAACAGAGCGAUUAAAGGCAGAGAUGCAGGACUGUAGGACACACAAGGAAACAGGCAAGGGGUUAUCAUCACUAUCACCUUCAUCAUCACCAUCAUCAUCAUCUACACUUUUUCUGUUCCCUCCUGUUUCUCUGUUAGUGUCCACUGUCAUAUCAGGACAGGAUAUCAGGGAUCCAACAUUCAAAGAUUCUUCUUACAAGGGUGACGGAGGUUUCCUCAAAGUUUAUAGGACAGUGGCUGCAAAAGGCCAAAAGUUUUUGUUAGCAUUAACAGGCAGCAUAUUUAGAAAUGUUGCAAAUUCAAAAUGAAAUAAAAAAUAAAACAUAAAAAAAUAAAUAAAACUUAAGGUUUGGCUCAAAUGGGUCACCUGCUUUGAAGUCUAAAGCCUCUGUGAAGAAAGUGCGGUUUUAAUGGGAAUAGCUUUGGCAGCUGUUCAAUCCUUUUUAAAACAUUCAACAAGACGAAGGAAUUAUAUCGAAUCAAACUGACAUAACUCCACAAUCAAAGUCCAAAACAAGAGAAAAAUUAAGAGAAAAGUUUCAAACUAUACCUUCACCAAAUAACCAAAAAACUCCUCUAUAAAUUCACACACAGCUACAGAGCCUCCAAAGUCCUGUAAGAUGAUUUAAACUUAUGCACACAGAGUAUAGUAUGAUAUGGAUGUCAUAUUAAAAACAAUCACCUUAGCAGGACCUUGGGGGCCCCAGACAGAGAACUACUUUUCUGAAUUCAAUAAAAUACACAUUUUUUUGUAUAUAAGACAUGUUUUGAGCUUUUUUUUUUUUUUUUGCAGUUUUUGUCAGUUGCUAGAUUAUUAUUAGCAGCGAUGAAAUAUUUGUGCAGUUUACCCUCAGAGUUGCUGUUAUUCCCUUGUGGGCCACCGUACUUUGGAAGGGUGAACAAAACCUUAUUAUUCCUCGAACAGUCACAGAGUGUCCAUGCAGCAGUCAAUGAAAAAAAAGGUCCUCUCAUGGCCAUAUAAAGGUAGAGACGUGGCUUUGUUUACAUCGUGUCAUUUUUGACCCACUUGGUGAGACACAAUCUGGUGAGGCUGUUUUCAGAAUGACCUUAUUACACACACACACUCACAGACACAGAGAGAGGGGGGGGGAGGGGGGGGGGGGGGGCAGAGAGUACUUUAGAGCGCUGUGAUGUGGAAUGAGUUCCAGACAAUAUGAAUAAACACAGGGCGGCAGAGACCCAGCAGCAUCUGCUUAUGUUGGAGGCCUCAGUCAGAACAUGGUGCUAAAUACCCGCUCUAAGAAUAGCCUCGGUAUGCGGGGACUUGGACACAUGUUUCCAUGAAUUCAUACCGUGUUUUGAGCUGUAAAAGAGGCAGCGUUCAGGAUCUCUGCACCGACUGAUGAAUGAAGCUGUGAGGUGGAUGAUCACUAAUGUCUGUGUGUUGCGCUUCCCAUACACUGCACCGCUUUCUCCUUCACUCCUCUUCUUUCUCCCACCACUCUCACAUCCUCAUCGCCUUCAUCACCUCAAAUAUGAAGUGUUUGGGUUCUGUUCUGUCUCUUGAGUUGUAUAAAUCUGGCUGGACAGCAGUGCAUCCAGAGGCUGAAUGCACAACAUGGCUCUGAUGUUCCUCUCUCCUCUGAUCCCAGAGCUGAGUGUCUGCCCAGCAUCUCUCGCUCUGCCUGCCCACUGUGUGGAUGCACCAUGGGAUGUAAGCCUAUCUUUAAUCCACUCUCAUAUUGUCUCUUUCUGACACCUUUCAAACAGCAUGUCUGACUCUCUUGUUCAGGAGCUUUGAAGUUGUUGUAAAAGUAACUGAGGAGGUUCACUGCAGGCCAAACUAAGAAUAUGUCUGUCAGAUGUGAGAUGAGCAGAGCAGCCCUCCCCCCUCUCUUUUUAUGUGUGUCUGUUCACUGGUCUGACCUACAUGUGUUACAGAGGGAGAGGGCGCCCCCAGGCUGCCAUUACCCGCUGGUGAUUCCUCUGCACCGUCACCUGCUCCUCUUCCACCGGGUAUGGACUCGACACUCAGACACAACUCUGACUUUCAAGUUUUACUGCUUUUGACAAACAUUGUAUGGUCCCGAGUCAGCGGCUCUGUGUUAGUUUUAGAGGUGAUUUUAAGAUUAACUUGUAACCUUUAUAUGAGUCUGGGUCCAGGCCAUAUAUCAGAACACUGUGUUAGCCUGCAGCUUGAGAGCCAGAGCCUCCUGGUUGUUCCAAAGUCACAGCUGAAAUCUAAAGGAGACAGAGCUUUUGCUGCCAGGGACCCUUGAACCUGGAACAACCUGCCUGUAGAGGAUAGACCUGUUGAAUCAGGGCUGUCUUUUGUUACUUCUUCUUGAAACCCACUUCAAGGGCUGUAGCAAUACACAGGAACUGAUGGUAAUGGUUUUUGCAUAAAAUUUAAAUAUCAAUGACAUGCUAGAAAUAAUCAUACAGGGAUACUCGGAGCUCAUGGUAGUGCUUUUUUUAUGCCACAUAUCUUCCAAAUGAGGAUAGACGAAGAAGAAGUAGCCAGCUGCAAGUGAGCUAGCUGUAACAUCCAUCUGAGAGAUGAUUAAAUACUUUAAAAAUUGGACUUUCCAAGAUUCAUCUUAAUUUCAAAACCAAUACUGAAGCUGGUACCUCUUUGGGUUACUCAUCAAAUGAAAAUUUGUACCUCCUAACUGUUCAUAUAGCUAUUUUCAUUUACUUUAGUAACUUACAAUUAAGUGCACAGUUUUACAAUGCAGGGAAUAAAGCAACAAAAACAAGACAGAAAAACUGUUAAUAAUAAAAGCAUGACAAAUUAUCGUUAAAGAGACGACGUCUUCCCCUAAAAUCUAAAUCUGAACAUCAGUCUGAUGACGUCUGAUGAUGUGAUGUAUUGUGCGUAUUAUGUGUUUCUCCACCUUUGUCUAAUCUUGCUAUAAUUUGACUGAUUGUGUUAUUUUAUUUUUAAAGUUUUCUUUUUAACCUUCCUCAUUUCAGCUGCUCUACAUUCUUGAUUCUCUUAAUUUUCUUUUUACUACUUUCAUUGCUUUUGUUAAUUUGCCUUGGUGUCUUUAUUUCUCUUGUUUCCUUUCACUGCUUUAUCUUUUAAAAUCGUGUCUAACUUUUCUUGUUGUCUUUACUUCUUAUUUUUUCUGUUUAACAUUGUUUGUGUUGUUUUAAUGUUUUACUACUUUGAUUUCAAGCUCCUCUCUUUCUUUAUUGCUCUUCUCUCACCCUAUUGCUUUGACCUAUAUUUAACUACUUUGCUUCUUCUUAUUGAUUUUUCCUCCUCUUUUAUUGAUUUCUUCACUUUUGAUUACUUAAUUGUCUUGUGUUGCCUGGGCUCUUAUGGGCUCUUGUGGCUUCUUGACAGUACUUAUGGUUUCUUACGAUGUUUGAUAUUCAAAUAUACUAAUCUGUUGUGCUUUUAGUUGACACUAAAGACACACAUACUGUACUCUGUCAUACUUCCCUAGCUAAAAUAUGCACACAUCCUUGAUUGCUUACAAACUAGAGAGAGGUCUAUGUGCCUUGUGUGCAGGUGAUUACUUUGUCAAACAAACUCAUCAGUCUUUGCAGACCUCCAUCCAGCUGUGCAGAGGUUUAUAGAUAAAACUGACGGAGGGUUUUAAUUGAAGGGCAAAUCAUUGACUUAAGCUCUGAAUGUCUUGAAAUGCUUGUGCUCAGCAAGUAUUUAUUUUUGCACUGAUGAUCUACAGGCUGUGUCAACACAUUUCAAUUUUGGUGUAAUCCACAUUUUCUUAAACUGUUUGUAUCCCCUGCUGUUUCCCUCCAGGUUCGCCUGCCACAGGUGAGGAGUGAGUCAUACCUGCUGGUGUGUGCAGGAGGACGGGAGCUCCAGGUCUGGGAGAGACACUGUUUCACUGAGCUCUCCUGACUGUGCUGACUUCUCUCCCAUGUGACAGGACAAAAGACUGAGCCCUGCUCUGCGCUCACUGUCUGCCUGACUCCUCAGCCUCCUGAUCCUCCAAAGAUGGAGGUCUGCAGGCCGCAGGUUUCUUCAGGAGCCGCUGAGGGUUCCAGUACGAGUGAGACUCUUAAAAUUAAGUUUUUAGGAUAAGAAAGGAAAGCCAGAGUGCUGGAGGCUGCACAGGAAGAGGAACUGAGGAUGUCUUCUGCUUUAGCCGCUCUCCAGACUGACAGAGACGACAGAAAUGCACUGAGUUCACAGCACUACUGUGUGACAAUGACACUAAUGUUUGAGUGACACAGAGGAGUCACUCCAUGAGCAUGCGAUCCUCAGCCUUUUAGACCCUUUUGGUGCAUUUGAGUGGUUACAGUGAACAUGUUUCUGCACGUAGGAGUGGUCUGUAAUCAUGUUGCAGUCACUGCUAUAGUUCUUGCUGUGCCUGUUUUAGUAUUGAAGUAGUGUGGCAGAGUGCAAUGAAAUCACAGAGGCAGUGAUGUUUUGGUUAGAGACAAAUGUGUUAUAAAAAGUAAUAUGAGCUGUAGAGAUGUGUACUUUUUUUCUUUUACAUUGAAUGCAAAGUAUCUUAACAGGGUUGUGUCUUUUUAUCACACACAAAAACACAAGUGAAUGUUUCACAACAAAAAAAACUUAGAUUUGUUCUCUGCAUCUUUUACUUUAAUCAUGUAUUUCUAUGUGGACUAGCAGCAAUGGAAUCUCUUUAUUUAGAUUAUUUAUUGAGCAAAAAAACUGAUAUAAUUGAUAACUAGAACCAGAUGUAAAAAUAUGUUUUCAGGGUCAGAUGGUUCAACUUUUCCUCAGGAUUUAAAAAAGUCUGUUUCUUAAUCAGUCCUCAUUAUCAAGUGCACUUUUUCUUGGAUUAUUACUCUGCUGAUUACUGAAUGCUGUUGAUGCGUCCAACCAAACCCCUGCCUUAGCUUGCACUCAGUCUUUGACACAAGCGUUACUAAAGAAAAGUCAGGUGUCUGUGUGGCAAAGAUGUAGAUAAACAGAAAGAGAAAGACAAGAUGAAGAUGGUGGUUGCACGAAUCAAUACGGAAAGCAGCUUUGCACUGACAUGUUACAGUCGAGGUAACAUUUGCACUCUCUGUUGCAUCAUAGUUUCUAUCAGAAAUGUGAAACAUCACUCCGUGUUCAAGUUCCACUCUGAAUUUAUUUAUUGGAUUUUGCAGGGAUACAGAAAUAUUGAAGGUUAAUUUAACUAAGAUCUUAUUUUUAAACACUUAAGGUCACAAAGUGCCUUGAUAGUUAAAACUUAGUUGCACACUGAAUGUGCAUGUGCAAUAAAGGAAGGACAACUAAAAUGAGAAGAAACAGAGAGACCCCAGUGUAGAUGGUAGAGCAAUGUGAUGAAGGUUUUACGUAUUCGGAAAAUGAGACAUCAGUGGAUCUGUCUGGCUGAAAUUCCUCUCUUUUUAAACUUAUGUUGAAACAUUAGACGGAGAAAAUAUCUGCCUGUGGUUAAGGAGGUGCAACAGGUUGGGUAGAUUUGCUCAGCAUGUCAAUUGUCAAAUAUAUUAAACUUUAAAUUGCACAAGAAUGCUCAGUGCAUAAAUGAGUGUGAAUAAAGCGAAUGGUUUGAGAUGUCUGAUUGAAUAAUUUUAGUGCAGCCAGGCAGUCCGAGUAUGACCUGACUUAAUAAAAUAAAUUAACAAAUGAUCCAAAAUCA